CAAAGCAAAGUGUGUUACCUGCAAGGACAGCACAGAGGAGAACCAUCAACAUCAGAGCAAAUGGAACAUUUUGGGGAUUUUAUCUUUUUCAUUUUGUUCAGUCCCACCACAAUGCUAGCAGCCGUUGUUUUCCUGCUUGUACUUUAUCUUGUUUCUAUCAUUUUCAUCUCUAAGGAAAAAGGAAAUGAACCCCCAGGACCGAGACCUCUGCCCCUGCUUGGUAACCUGUUGCAAUUAGAUCUUAACAGACCCCACAAAACUCUGUGUGAGCUUUCAAAGGAAUAUGGCUCUGUAUUUACUCUUUACUUUGGAACCAACAAAGUCGUGGUCCUGGCUGGAUAUGAGACAGUCAGAGAGGCACUGGUCAACUAUGCAGAGGAGUUUGGAGAGCGCAACAUCUCCCCGAUACUUAAUGAUAUAACCCGAGGUCAUGGAAUUUUGUUUGCAAAUGGAGAAUCGUGGAAAGAGCUGAGACGUUUUGCCCUCACCACCCUCAAAGACUUUGGGAUGGGCAAAAGACUUUCUCAGGAUAAAAUCCUGGAGGAGUGUGGUUAUCUGAUUCAAGUGAUUGAAGAGCAUAAAGGAAAUGCUUUUGAUACAGCUCUUCCAAUAACUUACGCAACAGCCAACAUUAUCUCCUCUAUUGUGUACGGAAGCAGAUUUGACUACGGUGACCCUGUAUUCAAGAACAUGGUGAAGCGAGCCAAUCAAACCAUAUGUGUCUCAGGUUCUGCAUCAGUCCAGGCUGCCAGGCACCAGCCGCUCCCACCCGACGACGGGCACCGGAACAGUCAGGACCUCCUCCACUUCCACGGCUUCGGGGAACGCCAGUUGGGGUGGCGGCCGGGACCAGAUCCGAGCUGCCAGCUUUUUAACAUGUUUCCUUGGCUGUUCGGUUGGAUAAAAAAUCGCCAGGUGGUGUUAAAAAAUGUUGAGAUGGCUGUCACAGAUAUAAAGAAUUUAAUUAAUCAUCUGAAAGAGACUCUGGAGCCCGGACUGUGCCGAGGGCUUGUGGACUGUUUUCUGAUUGUGAAACAGAAAGAAGAAGACUCCUGUGUUUUGGAUACUCACUACAAUGAGGAGAACUUGACAUUCACAGUGAGCAACCUGUUUGCUGCUGGCACUGACACCACAGCAGCCACACUGAGAUGGGGUUUGCUGUUAAUGGCUAAAUACCCACACAUACAGGAGCAGGUCCACGAGGAGCUGAGCCGGGUAGUAGGAAGCCGACAAGUUUGUGUAGAUGACCGGAAAAACCUGCCGUACACUGAUGCAGUCAUUCACGAGACUCAGAGACUGGCGAAUAUUGCUCCCAUUUCUCUUCCUCACCAAACUAGCCAAGAUGUCACCUUCAAGGGAUACUUUAUCAAAAAGGGAACUAUUGUGUUUCCCCUUCUCACCUCUGUCCUGUAUGAUGAGAGUGAAUGGGAGAGCCCACACACUUUUAACCCUUCACAUUUUCUGGACAAAAAGGGUCAAUUUGUCAGGAGAGAUGCCUUCAUGCCCUUUUCUGCAGGUCGCAGGAUGUGUCUCGGAGAAGGUCUGGCUAAGAUGGAGCUCUUCCUCUUCUUCACCUCCCUCAUUCAGCGCUUUCGUUUCACUCCUCCACCUGGAAUCACAGAGGAUGAACUGGAUCUCACACCAGCUGUGGGAUUCACCACCCCUCCUUCAUCUCAUAUGCUGUGUGCUGUCAGUCGCCAGUGAGAGACACAUGGAACUUGACAUUAUAGCAUUUACUUGUGACAAUAGCAUAAGCAAUAGCAUCAAACAGAUGUCAGCAUUCUGAACAACAGGCAAAGGCAGAUGUCAAGGGAACAGAUUUUUCUGACUACUUUUUAGUUUUACUCCCUACAGUUUCAAGCAAAUAUCUGUACUUUCUACUUAUUACGUUUUCAAAACAGGCUCAUUACUUUGGCUAUAAUGCAUUUGGGGGGAAUCAUUAUCUCGUUAUUAUCUUGUCACUGUGGACCUCCCAGCCCAUUGUUCCUUCACUGGGCUGGUUUCAGUCAUUAUGCAAAUGUACUGUUAAUUAGAUUGGAGAAA